AGAGUUCCAUGUAGUUGAAGUGAAGCUUUUUCUAGGAAAAAAAAACUGUGACGCGCCAUUGCAUGAGUUAUAUGCUCCCUGUUUACCCUGAAGAAAAGCUGGAACAGAAUUUGCAAGGAAACAGAACAAAGCAUUUGGACUUGGACUUGGUGGAUCUGGACCUGGAAAUGCCUCAACCUAGUGUGAGUGGAAUGGAUCCUCCUUUUGGAGAUGCCUUUCGAAGCCACAUGUUUUCAGAGCAGACUCUGAUGAGCACAGAUCUCUUGGCCAACAGUUCUGACCCAGACUUCAUGUAUGAAUUGGACAGAGGAAUGGAUUACCAGCCAAGCUCCAGGGACAACCUCUUUUCUGUGGAGGACUGCAAAGAUCUUGAGAACUUAGAGUCUUUCACAGAUAUCCUAGACACUGAACCAUCUUUCCCUGCAAAUUGGGAACAAUGGGACACUUACUCUGAGGAUUUGACAAAGUAUACCAAGUUAACCAGCUGUGACAUUUGGGGAACAAAAGAGGUGGACUAUUUGGGCCUUGAUGAUUUUUCAAGCCCAUAUCAGGAUGAAGAAGUGAUAAGUAAAACUCCAACCCUGGCACAGCUCAACAGUGAGGAUUCACAGCCGGUCUCAGAUCCACUGUGCUACCCGGAAUUGCUGUUCAGCGUAAAACAAACUCAGUUGACUUCUUUGCCAAUGAAGAAAAUCGCAACCAGAGCAGCAGCUCCAGUUUGCUCAUCAAAAACUGCACAGGCUGAGACACCUUUAUCAGAAUUUUCCCAAAAAGCAAGCAAACCUAAUCCAAGCACACAAAUCAUGGUGAAGACCAAUGUGUACAGCAAUGAGAAGGUGAACAUUCAUGUAGAAUGUAAAGAUUAUGUGAAAAAGGCAAAAGUAAAGAUAAACCCAGCCCACCAGAUCAGGUCUGCCAUGAACCAGGCCAAUUCUGAUGCUGCAAAAGAAAACACUUGCUACUGUGGAGCUGUAGCAAAGAAGCAAGAGCGGAAAGUGAAUGACUCCCUUCAGACUCCCACUACUCCUGUGUUGCCUUUUAAAGAGACUCAAGCUUUGCUUCUCACUCCACCUCAAGAAACUCCAGAACAUAUUGUAGAGGACAGCAGCAUCUCUGCCAGCACAUCUGUUUCCGAUCCUUCACAGAAGAAAGAAGAACACAAUUACUCCCUCUUUGUCACCGAUGCUUUGGGUGAGCAAGCUGGCAAAGCUGAGGCAGAGGAAGAGGAAGAGGAAGAAGAAGAAGAGGAUGUAGAUGAUGAAGACCACGAUGAGGGCUUCGGAAGUGAGCAUGAAUUGUCUGAAAAUGAUGAAGAGGAGGAUGACUAUGAAGAUGACAAAGAUGACGACAUCAGCGAUACUUUCUCUGAACCAGGGUAUGAAAAUGAUUCUGUGGAGGACUUGAAAGAAAUGACUGCAAUAUCUUGUCGAAAAAGAGGCAAGCGGAGAUACUUCUGGGAAUACAGUGAGCAGCUGACGCCAUCACAACAAGAGAAAAUGCUGAGGCCGUCAGAAUGGAAUCGAGAUACAUUGCCAAGUAACAUGUAUCAGAAGAAUGGGCUACAUCAUGGCAAGUAUGCUGUAAAGAAGUCUCGGAGGACUGAUGUGGAAGAUCUGACACCUAAUCCUAAAAAACUACUUCAGAUUGGGAAUGAAUUGAGGAAGUUAAAUAAAGUCAUCAGUGAUUUGACCCCAGUCAGCGAACUUCCAUUAACAGCUAGACCACGGUCAAGGAAAGAAAAAAACAAGCUGGCUUCCAGGGCUUGCCGGUUGAAGAAGAAAGCUCAAUAUGAAGCUAACAAAGUAAAACUAUGGGGUCUCAAUACUGAAUAUGAUAACUUACUGUUUGUGAUCAACUCUAUCAAGCAAGAAAUUGUAAAUAGAGUUCAGAAUCCUAAAGAUGACAGAGUAUCCAAUAUGGGUCAGAAGCUUGAUGUCCUUAUUAAAGAUACUCUUGGGCCACCAGUGUCUGGACAAACGUCAGAAUUUGUGAACCAGGUCUUAGAAAAAACCGCAGAAGGAGAUCCUACAGGAGGUCUUGUAGGACUACGAAUACCAACAUCAAAAGUUUAGUAGACAUCACUUUAUCCAUUCAGUUUGGACAGCGCUCUGCCUGUGUUAUGUACUACAUUGUAAAAUUUAUUCAGGUCUGCAUGCGGAUUUAGCAUUCUGUAAAACACAAUUUUAAGUUCCAUCAUUUUUCUUCUUUUAAUAACAAUGUAGUAAAAUAGGUGAAAGCAUGAUGUAAAAUGCUUAAUGUGUUUUGGAGCAUAAACCUUGUAGUUUUAAGCCUGCUUCUGGCAUAAAUGGGUGAUGGCUACAUACUCAUUUCAAACUUAAGUUUAUCUAGGACCA